CACUUAGAAAACAAAUUAGAAGAGAUCUCUUCAAAUCUCCCUGACGCCAUAACAACGUAUAAUAAACUAAUUUGCACAAUCACGCAGGCUAUCGAAUCCCAAAACCUACCAAAAGGACAAUCAAACAGCCAACAGCAAAAUAACAACAAACCAACAAAAAUUAAAUCUAGAAAGCACACUCCAGCUCCAUGGUGGACACAAAAAUGUGCUGAUGCUAUUUCCCAAAGAAAAGGAGCAUAUAAAACAUUCAAAUUAACAGGAUCAUAUCAAGACUUUUUAAAAAUGAAGCAACAAGAGGCUCACACGAAAAGAAUACUAAAAAGGGAAAAAAAAGCAGGAUGGAAGUCCUUCUGCGAAUCAUUCAAUAGACAAACACCGACGCAGGAAGCUACACUUCGUAACAAAUGGAUCCCUCUCAGAACCAGUAGACGUGGACCUUGGGACUGGCCAAGGACUGAUGAUCUAACAAUUGAAUGCGAAGACGAAAAUCUCUAUACUGCUUUUAACGCAUUACAAGCAUCAGUUGAUAGAAUACACAGAUAUCUCAAAGUAAGAAACUUAAAUCUAUCACCUACCAAGACUCAAAUAAUUAUAUUCACCAACAAAAAUAUAAAUACAAACCCUAACAACAACCUGUACAUUAAAAUAAACAACGUGAAAAUAUACCCUUCAAAUACAGUUACUCUAUUAGGUAUCCAACUGGAUAAUAAACUCAGUUUUAAACCACACUUGAAACACAUCAUCACUCGUGCCAAGAAACUUUUGGACAUCAUCAAAGCUCUAAGAGGUACCUGGUGGGGUGCCGACCCGAUGUUACUGCUAAACAUUUACAAGUCCUUAAUCAGGAGUCAAUUAGAAUAUGGUUGUCACAUCUUCAAUACAUCAAAUCACACACAAAUGGAUAAACUCAACAAAAUCCAAAAUGCAGGUAUGCGUUUCGCCAUUGGGGCUAGAAUCUCUACUCCAAUUAAUUCUCUAACUGCUGAAACCGGUCUUACUCCAAUCAAACUACGUUUCGACGAACUUACCAACAGAUAUAUACUAAAAGCUUUCUCAUUAGAAAAUUCAACCAUUACUCAAGAAUUGGACAAACUCUCUGACAUAUUAAACAAGAAAAAAAGAAGCCCAAAUUUACAAUGCUAA